GCCUUCCCUAACCUUCUUUCGCUUCGCAUUUCUCUCGCUACGCUUUUUCGCCUUCACCUAAGCUAAGUCUCCUUUUUCCUUUCUUUUUCUUUUUAUCUCUUUCCUUUCUCUUUCUUGCGUUUUUUUUCUUCAAUUUAGAAUCUCUCUUCUCUUCAGUUCUGCCCUCCUCCUCCCUCUCUUUCUCUCCCUUCCUCUCUUCCCAACUCCAGCUUUUUAUUGCCCCCUUCCUUCUAGGGUUUUGUUCAGUUUCCUCAGAUGAUUUUAGGUUUUCUAUGACGUUCUCUUUAUCAAGGCGACGUAUUCGUAUCCUCCACUCCUUUUCUGUUGUCUUUCUUUACUGGUUCUACGUUUUCUCAUGAACUACUAAUCAUCCUCCUCUUCCUCAAAUUCUAUUCAUUGAGUUGUACAUCAGAUCAUUCAUUUCAUUUCUAUCGGAUUAGAUUCUGAUAUUGCGGCUUUUGACCUUGAGAUUAAUCCACGGCAAGUAAUUGAAAGAGGCAAUUGGAUAUAUAUAUAUAUGGCUUCUAUUCCUAGGCAAACCAGUUCGGGAUCUAAUGGGGCUUCUCCUCCAUCUGCUCUUCCUGAUGAGAGGAAGAGGAAGCGGAUGCAAUCUAACCGUGAAUCGGCUCGGAGAUCUCGGAUGAGAAAGCAGAAGCAAUUGGAGGAUCUUGCUGGUGAGGUAAGCCGAUUACAAACUGCCAAUAAUCAGCUUGUGCAGAGCAUUGGUGCCAAGGAGCAAGCUUUUGUUCAAGUCGACAACAUGAAUAAUGUUCUCAGGGCUCAAGCUAUGGAACUCACUGAUCGUCUGCGCUCCUUGAACUCUGUCCUUCAUAUUGUUGAGGAGGUUAGCGGCCUUGCUAUGGAUAUCCCUGAAAUACCCGAUCCGCUCUUGAAGCCCUGGGAGUUCUCUCGCCCAGUUCUGCCUGUAGCUGACGCGUUUCUCUGUUAGACACUACUCCUUAUUAAGGGGAUUAGGGAUCCCACAUUUGCGAGAGUCUUUUUGUCCAUUGAAACCAUAGUCGUUUGUGAAUUUAUCGCAGGUCUUAGGAUUCUGCUGUUUGUGUCUGUGUUUGCGUGUCAUGUAAUAGUGGUUGGUUAUGUAUCGGCAAGUGUGGAUUAGUCAGGAUAAUGUCUAGAACAUGGUACUUUAUGUGUUUUUUGUUUAUGGUAAUGAUACACUAAAAUGCUAUCUGUAUUUCGGAACGUCUAUACAUGCUCGCUCUACUGAUUUCUCUAUGAGUAUUUGCUGAAACCAAGAAGUUGUUCAAUAUCAAUGACAUAGAAUUUGAUCUUCUGCAUCGAAAUAUUGUUGAUGCAAAGAUCUGUCGGUGUUUCAUGUUAA